AUGAGCAACUUCAUAUGGAAAGAAUUUAUGUUGAGGAAAAUUUUAAGCAAGACAGACUAUAAAAGAAUACUCGGGCCAACAGCUGAAGCGCUGGUAAGAGAAGUUAAUUUAGCAGACAAAACGUGUCUCAUCACAGGUGCGAGUGGCAGCAUUGGAUUAGAAAUAACGCGAUGUCUCAGCCUACGCAAUUGCAAUGUUAUUAUGGCUUGCCGUAAUGUGUAUAAAGCAAAAGUUCUUGCUAAAAGAAAUUGUGAGAUAACUGAGCGGCUCACCUUUUAUCAAAUUAAUUUAACUUCCUUAACAUCAGUCAAGAAUUGUUCCGAGGAAAUUCUUACUAAAGAAAAAAAAAUAGACAUAGUUAUUUUGAAUGCUGCCACGUUUGGCUUACCGUGGACAAUUACGGAAGACCGCCUUGAAACAAUAUUUCAGGUCAAUUUUCUUAGUCAAUAUUAUUUGCUAUUAUGUCUCGGAAAAAUUCUUGCUUCGGAUGUACGAGUUAUAUUCACUUCGUCUGAAUCUCAUAGAAAUAUAAAUUGGCCCUCGUCGCCAUCUUUAGAGAGUGUAUCACUUCCGAAAGAGAAAUAUACUUCUAUUAAGGCCUAUAAUAUAUCGAAGCUUUGUGGAUUACUGCUGAUGCAUUAUUUGAGUAACCAGUGGGCAAAUAGUAAAAAGUCUGUUUUUUGUGCUCAUCCUGGCUCCUUUAUUAAAACCGGUUUAUGCCGCAACUGGUGGGCAUAUGAAGCACUUUACACAUUUAUGAUGCCCUUUUGUAAAUCCAUUAAGCAAGGUGCUAGUACUAUAGUUUACUGUGCUACAUCACCAGAACUUAAAGGCGAAACGGCAGUUUAUCUAAAUAAUUGCAAGCGAUGUGACGAAAGUGACAUUGCAAAAGAUUUAAGGAUGUCAUUUAAAGUACAUGAGCUAAUAAUUCAUAUAUUAAGUGAGCGCACCGAAAACAUUGAUGAACUUAUUAAAGAUUUUAGUCAUGUUAAAUCGAAUGUCAGUAACUAA